CUUUCCGUCGCUUUACUUUCUGGUUGUUGCAGAGAGAAAAAGAAGGAGGGUCGUUUCGGGAUUUAAAAUAGUGGGCUGAGGAAAGCUUUGCAAGUUUUUCAGUGAGCCUCGUCACUCUGUCCCGCUCCGUGUCUUCGUUUCCUCUCACAGCUGGCGCCACAGCUCAUCUGGCGCCAACGUUGGACCUCAGACGCACUUUAGCGAAAGCAACCAUUGUCACUUCCCAUCAGCACAUACACCACCAUCUCCCUCUACAGGCUGGGAGUCCAAAAGCACAGAAAUGACAAGAGACUUGCUACUCCAUAAUGCCACUAUAAUGCACAAGUUAUUUCAAAAUCGGUGGUUGAAAAAGCAAAUGCAAAGUACUGUAAUUACUCUCUAAAGAAAGAUGAAACCUUGCAUUUCUGCCACAAUCUUUCCAAGAAAACAGUAGUUUUUCUUGUGUGUGAGUGUUUUCACAAAUCUGGCUAGAAUUGUGUCAGAGGCUUGUUGAUGAAAAUGUCAUUAAAACCAGGUGAAUGACAGAUUAAAGAACAAAUAACCUAACUUUUUCUCAGCAAAUCCCUGAAACCAGUCCAAAUUAAAGAGCCCAUAUAUUUCAGCAACUUAGCUCUUCAUCCUUUUAGAAUUCCUAGCUAAGUGUUCUAUAUGUAGUGUGUUUUAAGUACUCUUGUUUUUUUAAUCAAUUUUAUAUAGCUGCAUGUCGUUGUUUUAGCACGUUACGCAGCAUUUUAGCACUUUCCAUUGAACAGUUCUAAGUCAUUUUUAACUAUAGAGAUAAUGUGAUUUCUGGACAUUUUGAGAAAGGGUAUGUAUUUGAGGGUAUGUAAUUUUUAGACUUUCAAAUGUAAAAUGUGUAUUUAGUACAUUUUCUUAUAAAACGUUAACAGUUCUAACACGAGGACAUAUCUAAAUAGAGGAAUAUGAAGUUGUUCAUUUUUGCCACUAAAUGGCAGUGUUUCCCCUUUGACUUUUUUAGUUAUGGAUCCGGUUGUGUGGGUUGUUUAGGAGAUUAAAAUACAUUUUGACUAACAAAGUGUGAAAGAAAAGGCGAAGCAUUUGUUAAAUAAGACAUUGAGUUUUAUUUUAAAAGUACAAUUUUUUCCUCACCUUUGUAAAAGUUGCAGACUCUUGCGUGCAUUUCUCAACUGUUAAAGGUCCAACCUGGAAUACUGGUUUUACCUUGGGAGUAGACCACAUAGCAAACAUUCUGUCACACAGAACGUCAUUCUCACAGUUUCACUAGAGCUGUUCACUUCAGAAACUCAAAUAUCAAUACUUGAUCCUAUUUACUUUUAGUCUUUUUUGUAAUUCAUCGACCUGAGCAGAUUUGUUAACAGGAUAACACACUGCUCUCAAGCUGUUCUGCCAGUGGAUUUUAGUUUUGGUAUCUUAUCUGCUGGAUUUAUUUCGUCGUCUUUUGGAAAAAAUAUGUCUCACUCAGGCAGUCUGGACUUAGACAGAUAUACCAGUUUGGACAAAACCCGCCGGUCAACCAGUCGGAACCAGCCCAGGCAGAGUACAAAGUAUGGGGAGGUCCUCUGUGACUUCUGCACUACAAGAAAGCAAAAGGCUGAGAAGUCCUGCCUGGUUUGCCUGGCGUCGUACUGCUUGGAACACCUGCAGUCACACUAUGACUACCCCACGCUGAUGAAGCACAAACUGGUCAAAGCCACUGGUCAGAUGAGAGAGAAGAUCUGUGCCCAGCAUGACAAGCUACUGGAGGCCUUUUGUCGCACCGAUCAGACAUCAGUAUGUGUCCUGUGCAUGAUGGACGAACACAAACACCAUGACAUUGUCCCAGCUGGAACUGAGAGGACCGAGAAACAAAAACAACUCAGUACAACACUGCACAAAUCUCAACAAAGGAUUGACCAAAGAAUUAAAAAGUGGCAGGACCUUAGACAAGCUGUUGAAUCAGUUAAACACUCUGCUCAAACAGUACUUGAAGAAAACGAGCGGAUCUUCACUGACCUCUUGAAUUCUAUAGAGAGGAAGUACAAUGAAGUCAAAGAGAUGGUUCGCUCCCAUGAAAAGACCACCGUAAGCCGGGGGGAGCUACUCCUGGAUCGCUUGGAGGAGGAGAUCACUCUUUUAAGGAAGAGACACACCGACCUAGAGAAGCUCUCCCGCACUGAUGAUCACAUUCACUUUCUGCAGAGCUGGCAGUCUCUGUCGGGCCCCUCCGGAUAUGAAGACCUCAAUAACAUCACCGUUAUACCCAAUUAUUCCUUUGAUGCUGCCAAGCGAGCCAUUGCUGCCCUGAAAUUUCAAGUGGACGAAGUCAGCAAGACAGAAAUGAUGAAAAUCUCUGGAGCAGUGAAAGAAGUGUGCAUCACGCAAGAAGCAAAGGAGGUUGAGAUAAAGUCAAGAAGAGAAUCAAUUGUGAGCGUUGAUGCAAGGAUCGGAGAAGAACCGAGGAUAAGAGAAGAUUUCUUGAAAUAUUCUCAUGAGCUGACUCUGGAUGUCAACACUGUCCACACAAACCUUCACCUCUCAGAGGGAAACAGAACAGUAACGAUGAAAAGUGAACCUAAAAACUACCCUGAUCAUCCAGAUCGGUUUGACCACUGGCAGCAGGUGUUGUGCAGAGAAAGUGUGUACGGGUCUCGUUAUUACUGGGAAGUAGAAUGGCGAGGAACAGAGAUUGAUGUGGGCGUUACCUACAAGGGAAUCCGCAGAAAAGGAAACGGCAAUGACUGCAGCCUUGGCUGGAAUGACAAGUCCUGGAGUUUGUACUGCUCUGAGUCCAAGUUCACCUUUGUGCACAACAACAAAAGCAAAGACCUCUCUGUCCCCGUGUCAUCCCGCGUCGGCGUCUACCUGGACCACGGAAAGGGAAUACUUGCAUUUUACAGUGUCUCUGAUAACAUGCGCCUUCUGCACAAAAUUCAGACUCUAUUUACAGAGCCACUCUACCCUGCUUUUAGUGUGUGGGGCUUUGGCUCUACUAUAAAGCUGUAGGAAAGGAGCCAUAGGAUCAGAUAUUUUAAAUCACAGACUAACAAUAUUUUGAAUAUUUAUAGGACAGAUUAAAUAGAUUGUAGGAUUUGGUUUUUAUUUUAUUAUGUUUGAACUUAAUUUGUUUUGUUUACCUAUUCAGGAGUUGAGGACAGUAACACAUUUUAUUGUAUUUUUUAUUUUUUUUGUAUGUUGGUAAAAAAUUUAAAAAUAGCUGAUCCUAGCAUUUACUUGUUAUUUUAUCAUUUAUUUUAUCAAAUCAUGCCAUUUAUGCUGGUUGUUUAAUGUGGUUAAACCAUGACAGAAAAGGAAAAUGAACAGUACCUUUGGGAUUGUUUUUUUCUACUGUAUCAGAAAUGUGAAAGUUAGAGGAGAGAAUUCAUAUAUUUACAUUACAGUUAUGCAGCACCACACAGUAAUAAAUUACAUACAUUUCUUGCUCGAACUUCCUGUUAUAACAGCUAUUAUUGGAUUAAAAAAUUAAAAGUAAUUUUUUUGAGAAAACCACAAGGUGUGAUUUAAAAAAUAUAUAUUGAUCUUUGAUAUGCCUUUCCUAGUUAAAAUGGAAACAAAUGUACUAAGCCUAAAAAGUCAACAACAAUAAAAUAAAUAAAUCAUCACAUUCGA